AGAAGACCCUGCCCUGCUCCGUCUGCUGGUGGGACAAGGAGCUGUCACCUUCUCCCACCCCCUGAAGCAUCCUGGCUGCCCUGAGCAGGGUGGGGGUGGGAUUCUGCUACUCUGACCCUCCCAGAGCUUCCAUUUCUUUAUCCUUCCUCCCAUGUGACUAGUUGGAUUGUGGCUGGAGCAGCAGGUAAUGACCGGGGCCUUUUGGUGUUUCAGAUGCCGGUGACCUUUGAGGAGGUGGCUGUGUAUUUCACCCAGGCGCAGGGGGCUCUGCUGGACCCCGCUCAGAGAGCCCUCUACAGGGACGUCAUGCAGGAGAACUACGAGACGGUGACCUCGCUGGGAUUUCCCCUUCCCAAACCUGAGCUGAUCACCCGCCUGGAACGAGGGGAAGAGCCGUGGGUGCCCGAUCUCUGGCUCUGCAAGGAAAGAAGGCUUCCGAGAUGCACCCAUACAGCCAGGACAGGGCUGCAGUCAUCAGAUAUCGCUCACCCCAUUCCAACCAGCCUCUUACCUGCAGGAGUUUGCUUCCCAGCUUUCCUGCCCUGUGCUGAGCAAGGGAGUGAGAAUAAGGAGGGGAAUCAUCAUGAGGAAUUUCCUGGGGAAGUGGAACCACAGGGGACCUUUGUGGGAAGAGGUGAAGGGAAUUUUUCCCAGUGCUUCGAACUCGAAGAGUCCUGGGGAAAUUGGCACAGGUCAGAGAGGCUGCUGGGAAGCCACCCAGGGAAGAAAGUGGAUGAAUCUAUUAAUGGUUGGGGAGGAGAGGAGGAUCCCAGAGCGCAGCAGACAAAUCCCAAGGAAGAGACACCCUGCCACUACCUUCAAUGUGGGAAAGGAUUCAUUGUGAGAUCACAGCUUGUGACACAUCAGACAAUCCAUACUGGAGAGAAACCCCUUCAAUGCUUGGACCAUGGGGAAAGCUUCAAUAAGCUCUCAGAUCUUAAUAACCAUGGGAGAAGCCACAGUGGAGAAAAACCCUCUCAAUCCCACGAGUGCGAGAAAUGUUUCAUUUCAAAGACACAGAUAGUUAGACAUGAGUUAAGCCACACAGGGGAGAGACCCCACAAGUGCUUGGACUGUGGGAAAAGUUUCAUACAGAGGUCACACCUAGUUCGUCAUCAGGCAUUACACACAGGAGAGAGACCUCACAAGUGCUUGGCCUGUGGGAAAAGUUUCAAAAGAAAGUCAAAACUUGUUGAACAUCAGGUAGUCCACACAGGAGAGAGACCCCACAAAUGCUUGCACUGUGGGAAAUGUUUCACAGAGAGGUCAACCCUUGUUAAACAUCAGGCAAUCCACACAGGAGAGAAACCCCACAAGUGCUUGGACUGUGGGAAAGGUUAUAUACAAAGGUCAGACCUUCUUUAUCAUCAGGCAAUCCACACAGGAGAGAGACCCCACAAGUGCUUGGACUGUGGGAAAAGUUUCAUAAGCAGGUCAAACCUUGUUCAACAUCAGAGAAUCCACACAGGAGAGAGACCCCACAAGUGCUUGGACUGUGGGAAAUGUUUCACAGAGAGGUCUAACCUUGUUAAACAUCAGGCAAUCCAUACAGGAGAGAGACCCCACAAGUGCUUGUACUGUGGGAAAGGUUACAUACAAAGGUCACACCUUGCUGAACAUCAGGCAAUCCACACAGGAGAGAGACCCCACAAGUGCUUUGACUGUGGGAAAUGUUUCAGAGAGAGGUCAACCCUUGUUAAACAUCAGGCAAUCCACACAGGAGAGAGACCCCACAAGUGCUUGAAGUGUGGGAAAGGUUACGUACAAAGGUCAGAGCUUGUUAAACAUCAGGCAAUCCACACAGGAGAGAGACCCCACAAGUGCUUGGACUGUGGGAAAAGUUUCCUAAGAAGGUCAAACCUUGUUCAACAUCAGAGAAUCCACACUGGAGAGAGACCCCACAAGUGCUUGGACUGUGGGAAAUGUUUCACAGAGAGGUCAAACCUUGUUAAACAUCAGGCAGUCCACACAGGAGAGAGACCCCACAAGUGCUUGGACUGUGGGAAAGGUUACAUACAAAGGUCAGCCCUUGUUAAACAUCAGUCAAUCCACACUGGAGAGAGACCGCACAAGUGCUUGGAGUGUGGGAAAAGUUUCAUAAGUAGGUCAGACCUUGUCCAACAUCAGAGAAUCCACACAGGAGAGAGACCCCACAAGUGCUUGGACUGUGGGAAAAGUUUCAUAAGAAGGUCACAGCUCGUUUAUCAUCAGGCAAUCCACACAGGAGAGAGACCCCACAAGUGUUUGGACUGUGGGAAAGGUUACAUACAAAGGUCACACCUUAUUCAACAUCAGGCAAUCCACACAGGAGAGACUCCAGAGGUGCUUGGACUGCGAGAAAAGUUUCAUAUGGAAGUCUGACCUCAUUAAAUAUGGAAGAAUCCACACAGGAUCUGAACUGCUGUGACACAUGGCAAGAAAGGAUUAAGCAAGUUGCAUGUAAUUGAUACAGUAGGGGUAGGGGCUGAAAGAUGGAGAGAAUGUUUAUAGCUGAAAUCACCGAAAUGUGUUUUGCAAUGGUAGUGUUAACUGGAUCUGUUCUGCUCUCCUGCUUGGACAUUUUAUGUGGGGAUCCCGGAGAUGGAAAGGAGCAGGUGUUACCAUCUUGGCUACCAAUCCCCAUGGUGACUCUCUACACUAGCAAUUCUCAAACUGUGGGCGGAGUCUCCCAAUGGAGGCUCAGGAAUGUGUCAAGGGAGGCGUGAUCAGUGUGGGUUGUUUGUUUUUUAAAGAGCACUGGCUGUUGUCCCCAGGUGGCUGGGGCUCAUGAAGAAGGAACAGGCCCAUUUGGGAGGUGGGGAUAAAUGCUCAGGCUCUGAAACCCAGGUGGAGCAGCAGCACAGAAGUAGGGGUGUCAAUGGGGUGAUAAGUCUGCUGUGAACAGCGAUAUUGAGGAACAUCACUUUUCACGUGGCCACCCUCACUUCUGUGCUGCUGUUGGAGGGCUUCAGAGCUGGGCACAUCGCCAGCACCAUGUUUACAAAAUUAUUAAUCUUCUCCAAAAUAUGUCCUGUGAAGUAUCAUAGGGAAAGUCAUCGCCUGCUGAAUAUUAUUGUCCCAUUAAAUUGUGUCUAUGCGCACUGUCCAUGGAGCUCAGAGAGUUUGCUGUAUGUUUGUUACAUGCUGUAAAGCUGGAAAACCCCCACAGAGAAGCUCCUCAUAGACAGUGGCACCUGAACACCAGCUGGGUGCUAAGUGGCGAGUAAUUGCUCAGCCAUUCCUUCACCAGCUGUGUAGCCCGGAACAAGAGAGUUACAAUUCACCGGAAGGACGGCUGGACGCUCACUUAGGCCACAAACUGAUUGUCGCCUGCCCCCCGGCUCGGCGAUGACCCUCAAAGAGAAAAGUGGUACAAAGCAACAAGGGCGAGUGGCCUCCAUUUUCACCUCUCCUCUCCCUUCUUUACAGAAGGCAAGAAGAUGACUUGAAAGGCAGCAGGGGCCGUGGAGUGGAGAGGACGGACCAAGGCUGGAAGGAAAUCCAGCCUGGGUACUCAGAACUGUGAACUGCCUGCAACAGCAGGUGCGGUGCAAAAACCUCCUUGCUUCACAUUUUCCUUAAAUUGGUAAAAUGUAGGAUUUAAAAUGCAUGUUUUAAUUUUAUAGGUUUAACCAGAUCUGACCUUUGACAUCUUUGUCCCUUGUAAUCCCUGAAAUCCCCCUUGCUCCAGUUACUAAAGUGGUUUUAGUGUUUUGUCUGGA